ACAAGAUGGCGGUGCAGGACGCAGUUCUGUCAGACAGUGAUUAGACAAAUUUAUAUUCUGCAAUAAUAGACAUGAUUAUCGGAGGAUUUAGAGGUUUAAUGGUGGUAAACAAUUACUGGAUCUAACAAUGGCAUCAUCCAGCAAUGAAAACCAACAUUUGUGGUUCUCUGUAACAGAAGAAACAUUGUUUUUACAUGAUGGCCUGCUGAGAGUAACAGACCUUGUUGAAUUACCAACUAAUGUUAACGCUAGUCCCGAUGGAGAUGCAGAUAUUCUAUCUUGUGGAUUUGAUACAACAGAUACCCAUGAUGUACCCGAAAAACUUCUCACAGUUUGUGGAACACAAAACAGCGCAUACAAGCGGCUUAUUGAAUACCGACUAAAUUCCCUACGUGGCUAUUGGGCGGCAUACAAGGAACUAACCCAAGAUGCAACACCCAGCAGAGAAUUAAGUCAGCUCUCCCUUCAAGAGGAGACCUUGAAUUUAUUUAAGAAGGAAGCUGAGCAGGCAUCAUUUUCAACAAGAAUUGGUUUAUUACUCUUGCUUCCUCUUCUGCAGUCGCAAAGUCGAAUUGAUCCGAAGUUAUGUGGCGUAACAGCUGAGUUGUUAUUGAAUUGUUUAAGAGAAUGUAAACCAUGCAGUCUUUCUAAAGAACCUGGCGAUUGUUUAAAGGGUUUAGAAAGUUUAUUAUGUGAUUGGUUAGGUGAAGACAGUAAAGAUAAACAGAUUAAAGUCGAUGAUAAGUGUCAACGAGAAAAGGCUGCCUCAGCUCUUGUAGCUUUGGCUUGUGCAAGAGGCCAUGUUGAUACUUUUAUUCAUGCUGCAGAUUUACUUCAACAGUUACCUGAUUUACAGACAUUACCUGUAGCAGAUAUUUUAAGUGGAUUAUUAGAUACAAGAGGUGGAAUAGGUCAGCCAUCAACUCUACUAGGAAAUAAACAUGCUGUUAGUUGGGGCUUUGAAGAUAUGUUAAAUGUGAUAUCUGAAAAACCUCCCGACCAAGAUGACAAAGAUAAAGAAAAAGUUGAGAGUGAAAUAGGUAGAAGUAUAGCUACUGAUGGUAAAUAUUUAUAUACCAGUAAUACGAUUGGUAAAGGUUUAGCUAAAAUUGGUACAGGUCUGCACGGAACUCUAAGAGGUUAUGUGUACAGUCGUAAUUUAAGAAUAGGACCAGGUAGAAUAGCAUAUGGUGAUAAUAAACUAUUAUAUAGACCUGUAACAUUUGAUCAGGAUGAACAUAGUAAUAAUCUAGCUCUUCUUAUGGAUACAAAUACUUUAGAGAUGAUAAAACCAGUUUUAAAACCAGACAAGUGUUCAGUGGGUAAACCAUGUGUUACUGUAGGAUUUGUUAGUGAUGGGAUGUAUUUCUAUUUAAUAUGGUGUCAGGUUAAUAUGGCUGAUAAAUCAGCUAAAGGAAUCAAUGUUUAUGUAGAAACAUACAGUAUAGAGGAUAACAGUUUGAGUGUAAAUAUCAUCAAACCAUCAGUUAUACUACAAAAGAAAGAUGAUAAUAAUCCUAAAACUCUCACUGAGGCGAUAUUUACCCGUCCACGGCCAUUCCGUACCUCCAAUUCAACAGCAACACUUGUAGCAUUAACAGGCGGUGAAAUGUUAGCUACCAGAAAAGAAGAUGUAUCAACUUCAACAGUUUUAAGUACAUCAUGUGGUAUACAGUUAAAGACUUUAAUUAAAACACCUGUGUUUUGUGAUGGUAAUAAUAUCGUGUUCCUCACAUCUCUACAUGUACAAGUGUUAGCCUGUAACUUAUGUUUUAAUAUUACUGAUGGACAGUUUAAUACUAGAGUUGAUUUAAUGGAUGCACCAAGUUGUUCUCUUGCAAGAGGUACAGCUGUUAAUAGUCUAGGAACAUGUUUUGAUGUGAGUAAUAAUUCUAUCUGGGUGUGUAGUAGUGAUUAUAUAGAUCAGUUUUAUAAUCCCAGUAAUCAGGCACCACAUCAUAUCAACAAGAGAUUAUGUAUACCUAUAAAACCUAAACCAACAACAACUACAGGUGAAAUAAUAUCAGUUAAAAGUGUAGUAGAGACGUUAUUACAGCAUGCAGGUGGUAUGUGUGUACAUAAAUUAAACAGUGAUCCUUAUUCUAACUAUUUGUUACCACCAACACCUGUCGAUCUUCCUCAAUUACAUAGAAUAACAGAUAUACUAACUAGAGCUAUGGAAGAUGGCCAAAUGUCUAUCAUUAUUAGUGCACUAGUUGUUUUACAGUUAAUAUUUAAAACCAGUGUAUUUGUAUUGGAGAGAGAAGGAGAGGCUAUUCUCAUGAACAAAACCAGAUCAUUGCUAUGGAAAUUAGUAAUAGCUAAAUCUAGUGAAAGUAGUAAUAUAGCUAUACAGAGAGAAGCAUGUAAAGCCAUUAGUGUAGGGUUGAUGGCUUUAUAUUCUAAUAACAACGAAAGACAUAAAUUAUUGUAUCAACUUAUGACAGAAGGAGGAGAGUCAUCCGGUUUAGUUGUAUUACGUGAUCUAAUAUUAACAGACUUUGCUGCUCAGUUAAAAACUAAAAGUUUAAAAUCUGUCGAGACUGAUCAUCUCAGACUAGAAGAUGAAUUAGUUCACUAUAUAUUAAAGAGAGCUGUGAAAGGAUCAUUAGAUAUAUUAAAACGGCCAUUAAAAACAUCUAGACCUUUUGAAGAAACAGUUACUGAUGUUCCAGUUGCCAGUCCAUGUGUAAUGUAUAUAAUGGCUCUACAAUCAUAUUUAUUAAGAGAAACUGUGUUCUAUGUUAAAGAUACAGACAAGGAUAAGGAAAAUAAAACUGAUAAUAAAAGUCAACUGUCAUCACAGGAUUUAAUUACUGGUGUUAUUAAUUUAGCUACAAAGAUAUUUGUUGGUUUAUGUGAGGUGUUUGAAACAUUUAUAGAAGUGUGUAAUUCUGUGAUAGAUACAAGUCCAAUUGAAGAAAUAGACAGUAAACUACAGACAAUGGAAAGACUUGCAAAAGGAACUAUAUUAGGUCAUUUAUUACCAGUCUUGUUGACAACAUUAACACAUUCCAGUCUACAAGAGUUGUCUUUAGCCAAUGCAUUGAUGCCACAUCUAACAAGACUUGUUCUACUGUCAACACAGGCUGCAAUGUUGAUGAGAAGUCCAAAGAAAUGUUCAUUACCAGAAGAUGAUGGUGCUGAUCCUGACAGAGAUAUGUUAAAUCUCAUUGGUCAGUCUAUCCAAACUAAACAAAAAGAUAAUGAAACAGAAGAUGAUGGAGAAUGUUAUUUAGCUAGUUUAAAAAUUCCAGCCCCAUGGGCAUCUGGUAAAUCUAUAGAAACAAUUCAUCCAGUUCGUGAUAAUUAUAAAAUGAAGGAAACAAUUCAUAUACCUGGUGCUCGAUGUCUUUAUAUCAGAUUUGAUCCUAAAUGUUCAUCACAGUAUGAUUAUGAUAAGUUAAUACUGUAUGCCGGUCCAAAUACAAACUCGAAGAAAAUAGCAGAAUAUGGUGGUAAUACAUUUGGUUUUGGUAGCAGAAGUGUUUUAGGUUCUGGUUGGCCUAAAGAUUUAGUCAAGGUUGAUGGAGAUACAGUGACGUUCUCGUUUGAGAUGAGAAGUGGUAGAGAACAUAAUACACCUGAUAAAGCUAUGUGGGGUUUUCUUGCUACUGUACAUGCCCAGGAAUCUGUGGAGGAAGUCGGAGGAGGUCUUCCAUUCCUGGCUGAUCUAGCCCUAGGUUUAUCUGUUUUAUCAUGUAUGAUGUUACAAAUUAUGUUUGAUGGUCCAGAAAAAACAGAGGUGGAAAUAACCUGUCAACAUUUAUUUAAAAGUAAAAUAUUACAAAGAUGUGUUUGGCAAUCAGAACCUGAAAUAACCAAAUCAACAGAAAAGAGUAAAAAGAAAGCUGGAAGUAAAGCUGCGUUUAGUCCCGUUCUAGCUAGAAUUAAAUUACCCACCGAUUUAAUGGAUGGUUUACGUAAACUUUCUAAACGACAGACACCUAGAGUUCGACCUAGUAUAAAAGAAGUAAUCCAACCAUUAAUACUAGAAGAGAUGAUAAUGUCAGCUGUGGUGAAGCAUCUGUCACUAGUGGAAGCUUUACGUUCAUUACCCGAUAUACAGAAACAUGAAACAGAUGAAUUUUGGUUAUUAUCAUCAGUUGUUGAUGAAGUCUUCAGAAGAUUUGAUGCUUUAAUUAGACAAUUACAGACAUUGGCUGAUUUAGAACAGAGAUGGUUUAAUGAAGUAGAAGAACACAGACAAGAAAAGAAUCCAUCUUUUACACCCUAUUUUACAGAUUAUCAUCUACAUGAGUUAAAACAUAAAGAAUUGACAAUGUUAUGUUUUCUAAAAGAAGUAGCUCUUGAUACAGAAGAUACCGAAAGAGCUGUGAAAACUUUACGUGAAAAGUUUAACAGUGAUGUAGAGAAUAGUGAUAAAGAAAGUAUAAAAUCCAUGUAUAAAACUAAACAGAUAGUAGAGGGGAUAUUAUCACGAUUAGAUCUACUGUUACAUGUUAAUAUAUCAUUUGUUACCAGUGCUACUACAAUGACUAGAACAGCUUCUAACUAUGCUAAUAAUACCAGAGAAGGAAUAAUGGCCCGAUCUGAUACUGAUAUGUUACGACCAGGUUCAGUAUUAGGUAGAAGUAUGUCAGCUCCAUCUGGUGUAGAAGAUGAUACAUUCCUGGAAGUAAUGAGGUUGCAAAGACGUCGUCAGUUAUGUAAACGUGAUGUAGGAUCUAUAUUACAAGAUUUAGUAGAUGAAGAUGGACGUGAUAUGCCACCACAUGUAGCUUUAGUUGAUCAACUUUUCUCAUUCAUUGGUAGUGCUCCAGAAACAUCGGUAUCGUGUGAACAUUUUUUGAAAGCUGCUAAAGUACGAUGGAAGAGAGGUAACUCUAGAAAGAAUGCUCUGAUCUCCAUGAAAGAAUUAUUGACAUCAGCAUCCCGUGUUCCAGGGUCAUCGUACCUGCUUUCAUCAAUUACAUCAGUCUUAAAACAUGGUCCAAAGGUAGAAGAAUUAACUUGUGGUGGUUUAGUAAAUGUAAUACAAGAUGCCUAUGCUGAAACAGUUACAUCAGUUGUACAGUUAGCAUCUAAACAUCCUAUAGCUGGCUGUAAUAGUGUUGUAUUACUCUGUACUGUACCUUAUACCAGAGCAGAGGAAAAGUGUUUAGUAAGAUCUGGAUUAGUUCAUUUAUUAGAUCAACUGUGUGGAUUGGCCAAUCGUAGUACAGACCUACAAUCACCUGAUACCCAGACGAUACAUCAAAAAGUCUCGUUAUUAGCAUGGGCAGGAUUUAGGGUAUUAGCUAGCAGAUGUGUUACAUGGGAAACAGAAGAAGGUGUAUUAGAAGAUGAUUUAGAUCAUUCCGGAUUAGCAUGUCAAGUUUCCAUAUUAUUAACACAUUAUUUAACACGUGUAACAGAGAAUACAGGUAAUGAAGCUGCUGGGACGGAGGCCUUACAGGAAGUUCUAGCAUUACUUAAUAGUUUAUCAAGAAGUCGUAUGGGAAAAGCUAUAUUAUCUCAACCAGCCUGUGUUUCUAAACUACUCUCAUUGUUACUAGAUCAACGACCUUCACCUAAACUGGUGUUGAUAAUUUUACAGCUGUGUGGUGUAGCUUUACCAUUAAUGUCACCUACAGAUUGUGCUAAUGUUGAACUUCCUGCCUGGGGUCAACAUUUGACAUCUGGUCACUGGAGUAACGCCCAACCUGUUGAUGAUCCUCCUGCUAAAAUAGUCAGUUUAUUGCUGGCUAAACUUGGAGACUUCUUAGUUCCAGGAGAUCAAGUAUUAUUGUCUAGUAGGAGUCCAUCACAAGAGGUAACUAGUGGAGGUCAUAGUUCAUCUAGUAAUAAAUGUGACCAAUCAGAAGAUAGUGAUGUACAAGGUGGCCGUAUUAGUGUAUAUUUACAUAAGAAAGAUGAUCAAACAGCACAUGAUGUUAUACAACCAUUACUCAGUGUUGAUGGAAGAGCUUUUAGAGGUGGUCUAGGUGCCAGUAUGGAGAGAGUUUCACGAAUGGAUCGAGAAUUAACAAAGAGUGGUAAAACAGAAGUAGUAACAGAAGAAGCCAUGACAGCUUUACGUAAAGCGUAUAAAUGGGCUCAGUUAGGAUUAGUUUUAUCAACCGGUCCACCUACAGAUACAACACAAACAGAUACAGUGUCAGAUGGCAAGAAGAAAACUGCUACAGACGUUGUUUGUAAAGAGAAAAAUCUAGAAUUAGCAAAAACCGAUCCAGUACGAGCCUUUAUCAGUGGUCAUGUAGCCAAUAGUAUGGCAGCAGAAGUUAUCUCCCUUCUUCAUAGUUUGUUAGCUGCACCAUUAACAUCAUCUGCUCAAACCUGGUCUGAAGCUGUACAAAGAGUAUUAAUGAAUUCUGUAUCGUGUUUACCAUUAUUGAUGACAUCAUUAGAAGGAUUAGGAUCACCCAGAUGUCAUACCAGACAAUUAAUGACCAUGGCUAAAUUAGCGAAUGCUGCAUUAUGUGCUUUGGGUGGAUUUGGUGAACUUGUUAAACCGGGAUGUCAGAUAGAGAUAAUAGGAAAUGAUAUACAUGAGUCAACUGGUAAUGUUAUAACCCUAUCUGAACAGACUGAUAUAGCUAUAGUAUUAUUAGAUGGUGAUAAAACAGAUAGUUCUACACCCAGAUAUAGUGAUUUAAUAGAAAUACCUGUAUCUAGAUUACGGCCUGUUAGAAAUAAGACGUUCCUGAAACACCAACAAGAGAUGAGUGAUACUGUAUUUACAGCUGUCCAAGCAUUGCUUGAUCCACAAGGGACUGAUCAAUCUUAUCUACAACAAUCAUUACCACUUAUAGGUGACGGUAACAGUCUGGGUAACCAGACAUGUCGUGUAGUCGCUGAAAUAAAAACACGAGCUUGUAUGGUACUAGCACAAUAUCUACAGAAUCUCGAGUUUGCGAAAGUAUUUAGUCAGAGAUGUGGAUCAUCUAUAAAUAUCAUGAAAUCUUUAGCUAAAGAAUGUAAUAAAGGUAGUCGUAAACCAGUUAUAGAAGCUCAUGUAGAAAGAUUGAGAAUGUUAUAUAGAGAUUGUGCUAAACCUCCUCCUCCUCCAUGUAAAAACAACACAAAAGCUGGUAAAGAAAUGGUAUGGAAUGCUGGUUGUAAUUUCCCACCUGCUAGAGCAUGUUUAUUUUCUCAUGGUUUAACAUCUGUAACAUUUCUUGGUGAUCCAAGUGCCAGUAGUGGUUUACCUAGAGGUUGUAUGAUCUAUGCUAAUCAACCAAUACCUACACAGGCACCAUCGUUUUAUUGGGAGAUAAAGAUAUGUUCCUUAGGUGACAGUCAGGAUGAUAGUGGAGUUAUGGUAUCGUUUGGUUUUGCUCCAGCAGCAGAGAAAAAAGAUGGUGCGUGGACAAACCCUAUUGGUACAUGUCUACUGUUAAAUAAUGGUAAAGCUGUACAUUAUAAUGGAGCUAGUUUAUUACAAUGGAGAAGUGUCCGUAUGGAUAUAACACUAGGUAAAGGUGAUAUAGCAGGAAUAGGAUGGGAAAGGACAGGUUCUAAUAUAGACAAUCCUAAAGGUCGAGUAUAUUUUACACAUCAAGGACAGAAAUUACCUAAUACUAUAGAUGAUGUUUCUGGUGGUAUGUUUCCUGUUGUACACAUACAGAAAAAGAAUUGUCGAGUACAAGCUAAUUUUGGAGCUCAUCCGUUUGCCUUUGCUGAAGGUCAAGAACAUCGUGAUGCAGCAGAAGCAGCUAGUGAUUUAACGAGAGAAAUUCGUGAAUCAUUUGGACAUCUGCCGUUUCAUCCUAAUUCUGAUACAGAAGAGGAAGGAUUGACUAAUACUAGUAGUGGUGUUAGUUUAGAUACAGAAGAAAUUACAUCACAAGAUGGCAUCUUACUUAAAACAGCUAAUACACCAUCACCACUUAAUGACUAUUCCACCGAUACGUGUUUACAGUAUAAAGUUUUAGAUAGUUAUAGUAACAUGAUACAGAUGGGACCUAAUAUAACUGGUCAGGUGGUACAAGAUGACCAAUCAGAUGAAGAACCAAUGGAAGAUGAUAUGCCUGUAGAAGAUCACUAUGCCUUGUUGGUUAAAGCAUGGGAACAGAAAGUAUUCCCUAUAAUCAGACGACGAUUUAGAAACGAAGCUGAAAGAAAAGAUGGGUUAGAACAGAUUCGUGGAGCUCUUCAGUUAGGUAUGACUGAUAUAGCUAGACAAACUGUAGAAUUUCUAUAUGAAGAAAAUGGUGGAAUACCACGAGAUCUACAUCUACCUACUAUAGAUGAUAUAAAAGAAGAUUUAGCUAAAUUUACAAUCGAGAGAGUAAAGAAAGGAACAACAGUUAUUAUACGACUCCAUCACUCAUCAUCUACAGUACUACCAAAAUUUGCUGUUAGAAGUAUGUUUAAAACAUUCGGUGCCACUGGAACUGUGCUAGAAAUUGAUUCACCCAAUGAGUUAGUACAAGUAGAGACAUAUUUAAGAAGUGAAGGAGUAUUAGUGCGAUUCUGGUAUCCUAUACAGAGUUUAGAGAAACCACCACAAGGUUUACGUAAAGCAUCUAUAUCUGGUGGACAAACUCUAGAUACAUCUAAUAUACAUAUUCACGGUGAAUUGAUUUCAAGAGAGAAUUAUCUGAUGAAACAUUUCCUGAGAACAGCUUUCCUCUAUCUAAUAGAACAUUGCAAUUCUCCUGGAAUGGAGGUGACCAAUGAUUGCUCUCCACAGGAAUCAUGUGCUGCCACUCUUCAACAGCUUGAUUUAGAAAACAUUCAACUAUUGGCUGGUGAAUUGUUGGCUCCUCCCACUUCAGCAGGCAUAAUUCAGACUUCCUUAAUAGGAACAACUUGUGAACCAAAUAAAACUUUGAAUACAAUGGCUUGUUCAUUGAGUAGCAUUAUGUUUAGUGAUGCUAAAAGGUUACAAAGAGAGCUGGCUAUUGCAAUAUCAAGAGCAGCCAAUCAAGGAGAAGAUUAUCUUCUAGAAUUGACCAAUCAAAUUUGCUCUUGUUUACCAAAUGCUCCCGAGAUGUUUGCAUGUAUGGAGUUUCCUGUGAGUAAUUUGAAAACUAUACAAGAUGUAGAAUUUCCAGGAGCAGCCUGUCUUGUGGUCUCAUGUAAAACAGAUCCUAAAGGAGCUAAAAAAGAGUCAUCACCGUAUAAAUCACCUUGGGCUAGAAUAAGUACUCACACAGGCAGACGUGUCAAAAAAUCUGGAGAACCUGUCCGUCAACUAGUUGUCAGUUAUCCUAAUGAUGUCACCUCCUCUAGUAAUAUGAAUGAACAAUAUUGUCCGGCUAUAAUACCUGGUGAUCGUGUAAAUGUACGAGUAGGAGUAGCACCUCCUCCUGGUAUAAUUCUUACAAUACAUGCUCUACCCUUGCAAUUUCUGACGGCCAUCACAUAUCUGGAAACCUUGUUGACAGAAAAAUUUGGAUGUGGUAUGAAGGGCUGUGAACUUCACCGUGGAGAAUUUCCACACCAGAAAUCCUUUCCAACCCUUGAACAACAGCCUAGUUUAUGGAGCUUAGAUAAUAUAACAAUAACGCCAUCUGUGUUCGGUUACGUAAUUGAACAAUUGUGUAGCUAUAUCUGGAGAACAGACAUACCAGCUUUAAUCAAAGAAUUUGUAUUUCAUAUUCUGGCACAGGCAUUUAGAAUUUUAGAUUUUAGCGCUGGUGGACAUGGGAAUGGCUUGACUCAUGUAAAUAAAAGAUUUAGUCCACUACAAGGUCUCUUGAAUAAUCUUCCAGUAGAAUUAAAGAAAUUGUACGAAGACCAGAUCAAAGACUGGCAAUCAGCUUCAGGAAUUGGUGCUUCUGAUUCAGGUCGAUUUUCAACCUAUUUCCAUGCCUUGAUGGAAGUAAAUCUUGCCAUAUCAGAAGUCAACGAUGGCUGCAGUGAGAAAUCCGAAGGUGCAACAGCUCCUGAAGUAACAGCUACAUCACCAGGUAGCGGAGCAGUUGUCAAAAAGAAGAAACUUAAAUCGAAAAAGGAAAGAGAAAGGUCAACGUCUGGAAGAAAGACAUCAGCUAGUCCCAGAGUAAGUGAGAGCGAUUCAUCAACGGCCACGGAAUCUCUCGCAGCCAGCAGUAGCAGUAGCUUAUCUGUAGCUUCUACAAGUACUGAUACAACAAACUUAUCAACAUCACCCAGUUCUAAACAGUCCAGCUCUACCAGUCUUAAAACAGACGAACAGUCAUGGUUUAAAAGAGUGGUUUCAGUCAAUACUUUAAUCAGGAGUUUGGCUUUUAGUGAAGAAAGUAAUGAAAAAGUUUUAUCCGAAGCUGUCACAGAGGCUUAUAAGGAAUUAACAAUCCCGUCUGCUCAUUCCCGUUUGUUGAUUUUAACAGGAAUACCAGAACAUGUACCCGUAGACAAGAUCAAACAGGCUGUUAAUAAAGUAUGUAGUGUUCAUGGAGGACUGGAUAAAGAUGGCUUAUAUGUUCCUAACUAUGAAAUAAAACUACCAGAGAAACCAGGAGAAGCAGCAGAAAAAACAACUCCUCCAUGUUCUAACAGAUUCGCUGUUAUUGCACUACCAGCAGGAGCUAAACUCGAGGCUGUCAAAAAAUCAUUGUAUAAAUGUAAACCUAUUGUGAUUGGUUUAAAUAGCGACGAAGAAGGUUUGAUUGACAUACCAGACGAAGUUCUGUCUAUUUCGACAGUCAACUCAUCGUUGUUAACGGAAGUCCAGAGUUCUAAUAUGGCUCUGGAGAACUUUUUAUCAUAUAAACUAUACUGUGGUGGACAGAUGCAGUUACAAGAGGGCGCUGUCAGAUCAUUCACGGAUAUAUUCCACAGUUGCUAUUUUGUCGCCCAGCAGACUGGAAUUGUUGAUCUACGAUCUGGAUUUAUUACAUUAGAGAAAGAACAUAUAUUGAAGAAUUCACAAGAUAAUAUGUUAUAUUUAUUUUUGAACAAUAUGAGACCACCAAAGAAACCAUUAGCCGAUCUGGUAACACAUAUAUUAUUACAGUAUGGUACAGUUAGAACACCUGAUAAAGAGGCUCAACCACCAAGUGAUAAAAAUGGAAAGGGUAAACCAGCCAAAAAAUCUCCCAGAUCUACAAAAGAGAAAGUUGUAUUUGGUACACUAGAAAAGAAUCCUAUAAAAGACCGCAAGGUUAAGGGUAAAGAUAUACCAGAAAAAACAUCUAAAGAUUUACCUGCAUCUUUUAAAGAACUAAAGAUUGGUAGUAAAGGAGAAGGCAAGUCGUUAACAUUAGAUGGUUUUCUACAGUAUAUAAUAGAUACAGGACAUCAAGAUAUUAGAAGCAUAUGGAGAGCUUUAUUAGCUACAGGAUUUGAUUUUCAUUAUAAUAGAUGUUCCUGUACUGAUAUAAAUCAAGCUCAACAAUUAACUAAACAAUGGACAAGAGAGAUGGAUUCAGCUUUAGUUGUAUAUAUUAAUCAACUAACACGUCAACUAGCUGUAGGAUCAGCUAGAUUACAUCCACAUGAAAUUAUACUGUCUGAGUCUGAUCUAGCUUCAGAUAAAUAUGUCAAAUUACAAGGUGUACCACUAGAGAGUAUAAGAUUACGAUUUGCUCUACUACAGAAAAUCAACGUUCAUCUUGAGUCUUUCUUCUUACCACUAGUUGACCUUCGACCUUAUUCUACAUUUAGUCGUAGUACAGCGCAUGUGAUAUCUAAGAUAAGAAAUAUAAUAUUCUAUGAUUUGAAGAAUAACCUGGUUAAUAGAAUAUUAAAUGCUACGGCAUUACGUAAACCUGAUCAAGCUGCACCAGAGAUAACUCUAGAUCCUUUAGAGACUAUCGGAGGAGAGAAGAAGUAUAGUUUUUCUACUGUAUAUUGUCAAGCAUAUAGACAGUUAUCUAAUAUACCAUCUAGUAGAUUAUGUGUAAGAUUAGCUAGUGGUGGUGAUCCUACAUAUUCCUUUAAUGUUAGAUUGACGGGAGAAGAAGUUCAUGGAAACAGUGGUUCAUUCCGACAUUUCUUGGGGCAGAUAGCCAAAGAAUUACAAAGUUCCGCCAUCUCUUUCCUUGUUCCGUGUCCUAGUUCAUCAACAGGUAUCAACAGAGGAAAAUGUUUCCUGAAACCAGGUAAAAUGACGUAUCCAGAGGAAAAACUUCUGCAAUUCCUUGGACAAUUAUUAGGAGUAACAAUGAGAGCGGACAUUCCACUAGAAUUAGAUAUUGUAUCAUCAUUCUGGAAAUGUUUAACAUCAAAAACUAUUGAUCCUAUAACAGACAUACAUGAAGCUGAUAUACUUACUUAUAAUUAUAUCAAAAAAAUAGAAAUGAUUGAAACAGAAGGUGAAUUACAAGCUUUAUGUAGUGAUGUAUAUCCUAGAUUUGUUUAUUCUUCAUUGAUGGGUGAUGAUACGGAACUUAUACCAGGUGGUCAUAAUAUACCUGUCAGUUGGAACAAUCGUCACAAGUAUGUAGAAGCUAUACGUAAUCUACGGUUAAAGGAAUUAUUGAAUGUAGGAAGAAUGGAGUGUUUAAAGACAGGACUAGCAUCUAUUAUACCAAUACAGUUAUUAAACCUAUAUACACCAACAGAUCUAGAGAUUAGAACAUGUGGUUUACCAAUUGUUAAUUUACAAUUCUUAAAGAUGCACACUAUGUAUCAGAUAGGAUUAACAGAUACAGAUCCUCAUAUAGAAUAUUUCUGGGAAACAUUAGAAAGUUUUACACCAGAAGAAUUAGCUAAAUUUAUUAAAUUUGCUUGUAAUCAAGAACGAAUACCUCAGAGGUGUCCGUGUCAAGAUGGAGGAUUAGAAUCGGCACAUGUUCCACCAUAUCCAAUGAAGAUUGCUCCUCCAGAUGGAACAGGUCCAGCCGAUAAGCGUUACAUUCGUGUAGAAACAUGCCUGUUUAUGAUAAAACUCCCACAAUACAGUAGUCAGGAAGUGAUGUCAGACAGGUUACGAUAUGCGAUCAACUGUCGUGAAGAUCCUCUCAGUGGCUGAAUUAAAUGUUCAAAUCCACCACAAGCCUUGUGAUAUUUCCGCUUACACAAAAUUCAGCUUCAGUGCUUCAUAUUUUAUCAUUGUUUUUUUUUUAUAUAUACAAAGCUUGAAGCUUAUCAUUGAUUGUGAACACCGGUUUCAUAGAUCGUGAAUACCAGUUAAAUCUAUUUAAGACAAGAUAUAUCUUUAAUUUUAUAUUUUUUGAAGAUUUCAUGAGUAUAUAUAAAAAACGUUUUCACUCUUCUAAAAGAUAAAUAUCGCGGUUGUUCUAUUUGGAAUAUACACACAGUAAUUUUACACGAGACUAAGGGCCAAUAUCUUAUUGAUGGUGGGAUCAGUUGGAUCUUAUUGAUGGUGGGAUCAGUUGGUUUUAUGCAUAAUUAGUUAACUAAUGACAAGAAUUUGAUAUUAAGAGUGCCUAAUGUAAAAUUAAACUUAUAUAUUCUUUAUAUUUUUUCAAUAAUUUAUAGAUAAAACUGAUUUUAACCAAUGUUAACUUAGAAAAUAUUAUCUUAUCAGUCUAAUAUGUAAUUAGGCAAAGACAAAUGUCAUAACAUAUUCAACAUUUAAAAUAAUGUUCUAAGUUCAUAUGUGACCUGUCAUAGCAAAAUGAGUUGGAUAUUGUUAAACAAAAUUCUUUAUUGAAUAGGGGGUUGGAUGGCCGAAUGGUUAGCACGUGUGUCAUUGAGUCAACUGGCGUGGUUUCGAUUCUCCGGUUGUAUGCGACAAGGUGUAGGGUCACCUGUCCAAUCUCAUGGAUUUUCUCCGGUUUCCUCCCACUGCUAAAGACCCCUACGUGCAAGCAAAUUAUUGAAAAAAAAUUGAACCAUAUGUUAGUCCCGAAAUGACCUGUUUGUGUCGAGUGGACAUUAAACCCUGUCUCUCACUCUUUUUUUUUUUGAAUAUGAUAUUUUCAUCAUAUUGUUUAAACUAAUAAUGUUCAAAAUUUUGAUUAUAAAAUAUUAUUGACAAGAAAACAAUGUGUUCUAUAUAAUGAUUCCAGUGUAACCAGAUAUCAUAUCUAUUAAUAACUACAAUUAACUGAAAGUUUAUGCAAGGCUUUUGUUCAAAUAUUAUGAUGUGUAUAUUAUAUAUACUAAUAACAUUUUGUUGAUAAUAUGAGCUUUAAAGAUGGGUUCCCGCGUACAAACUGGGUGAUUUAAUGGUAUAUAUGGACCAAAAACAUAUUCAAACUAAUUAAUUUGUCAUAAUUAUGCUUCAAAUCCUUCUCAAACAUUGUAAUUGCUAAGGAAUGCCCUGCUACUAAAAUUCGAUUAAACCAGGUCAUGUUUACGUCACGUCUUGGGAGUCAGAGGAAAAUUCAUUGCAUACAUAAGACGAUGUUGUCUUUAAUCGCUUACUAUUUAUUACAAAUAUCGAAUCCUAAUUAAAUUCUUGGAUUAUCCACUACCCGCGUCUUUUUCCGUCAUUUUUAUCUCAGAAAGUAUUGUACGUCUAACUCUUCAUAAAGUUUAUCAACUUGUACAUCAAGCACUCAAGGUUCGCUUGUGACCUUUGACAUCACGCGUGCAGAAGUUCCUAAUCGUCGGACUGUUGAUUAGGGGAACCCUUACAUUUUUGUCCUGUAUACGCUCCAUGAGUGUUUUUCGGGGAAUCCAGUAUUUUUCUAGUAAGAUUGGAUAUCUCUACUUUCCAUAUAUACCAAAAUUGCCAUACUUUUAUUGGAAAUAACCACCCGAUAAAUACUUUUCUGGGAACCCAUCUUUAAACGAUAUAGCACUGUGUGUUCAAGCUUAUCAUUUUGAAGAAUCUGUUCGUAUUCUUGGCAUUUUUGUAAAACAUAAGAUCUCUUUAGAUUUACAGGUAGUUGUAUGGUAUCAAAAUCCCAACAAAAUAUCAGACUGCUGUAUAAAAAUAUAACAUAUAUUGGCAGAGUGUACAACUAAAUCUAAAACAAUUUCAUGCUUCACAAAAUGUCUCUAUUGUAUUUAGUCUUGCUCAACCAGAUUCUCAAUCCAAUAUAUAUAAUUAGAUCACUCUUGACAACCUAGUCUAUGACUUACAUACUUUAAACAAACAAUACUAUUUGCUCAGAAUUUAAAGUCAGUUUUCCAGUAUAAAUUAAUGUGGCUUGGAGAUAGGGGCGCCUUCUCAACCUCGUGGGUUUACUCCGGAUACUCCGGUUUCCUCCCACAGGAAAGACCCCUGCGCGUGCGCUAAGAUAAUGAAAAAAAAAAGACAACUUGUCUGCGAUAUCACCUUCGGUGGAAGCGGACGUUAAACACUAACAACAACAAUAAAUUAAUGACCUACCUGUACUCCAAUCCAUCUCUCUCUCUCUGGUUAUCAUGAAUGACCUACUAGGGUAAAUGUGUUAUAUUACUGAGUGGUCUGGUUGAUGAAAAUUAGCUAUAUUUUAAUUAAUGAUGUAUAUAAAUGUAUAUUAUGAAUGGUAUUUUGUAUGAUAGUAAAACUGAAUAACUAAUAAAGCUAUUUAUUUGAUUAGUUAAUUAAUUAAUUAUUGAUUUAUUUUCCUAUAAUAUGUUUUGAGUUAUUUUUUUUGACCAUAUAUUUGGUAGUUUACUGUAUAUUAUUAUUAUUAUAGUAUAUUUUAGUUUAUUAUUAUGACAACUCGUUAACUUUAUAUUAUGUUUGUAUAUAUAAAACAUCUUUAAAUUGGUUGUAAAGAUUUUUAUAUUGUUAUAUUAUUAUCAACAAGUUUUUUGUUCAACCCCCAGAUGUGUAUUAUAUUUGACUAGCAUCAAAGUGCUGAGUAUAAUGAAGGCUUUCUGCCACUAAGCUCCUUCCCCAUUUGUUUAUGUUGUUAUUGAAGUGAAAAUAGAAUAAUAAAAUAUAUCAGUUGAAAUAUA